AUGAACGGACUCAAGCCAGACAGACAGCCGAAGAUGCUUGUUCUGUCUGCAAAUUCUGUCACCAGACAAUUACAACUGAAGGAACAGCGUGUUAGAACGGCGUGUUCGAUGUGCAGGAGGAAGAAAAGGAAGUGCGAUGGGCGGGUGCCUUGCUCCUUCUGUACGAAAAAUCACUACCAGUGUAUAUACAAGAACGCAUCGCAUGGCAGCACAACUAGGGAGGCAUUUUCUGCGAAAUCCUCUUCGUUGUAUGCACUGGACUCCACAGUGGCCCCGAUUGAAAACAUAACAGAUCAAAAAGACCAAAACUAUAAUCGACCGCCUCACACGAACUUGUCGCUUAACUCGCAACUGCGGCAGACAUUGGAGAAAUGCAUAACCUCAAAGGACGAAACCGUGAAGAAAAAUCUGCUAGCGUGGAUGGAAAAGAGUCCGGACAGGGAAGUUCCAGCUGGUUUGGUGAACACGGAUCCGAGACUGGAGCAUAUCUUACCUCCUAGGGAUGUUGCUCUGAAACUUAUAAUUCUUGCCUGGAAUAAAGCGUGCGUGUUAUUCCGGUUUUACCACCGACCUACCAUUGUGAAGAUUUUAGACUCCCUGUAUGACGAGGACUCGUCCGUGGCGUGGAGCAGCGCAAACGAGGCGCUCAUUUACUCCGUACUGGCUGUUGGAUCAUUGUUCUCCCAUACGAGCUCAAACACAGAGUUGACGAUCUUGCAGCGAUACUGUGGCGACCAUGGGGGGUCCUUUUUCUCCUAUUCGAAACGGUUGAUCGAUCUAUACUGUGUUUCCGAUUUGCGUACCAUCCAGACCGUUUUCAUGAUGUCUUUAUACUUACAAUUCUGUGCUGAUUUGAGCGCUGCACACAACCUGAUUGGGAUUGCUCUACGGAGCUCCAUCAGGGAGGGGUACCAUCUCAAGUCCUCGCUUGUGGGCCCCACAGUGAUCGAAGAUGAGGUGAAAAAACGGCUCUUCUGGUCUAUUUACAAGAUGAACGCGUACCUGACUAGUCUGUUGGGGUUUCCAACGACUCUAUCUGACACACUAAUCGACCAAGAGAUCCCCUUGGAUAUUGACGAUGACAGAAUCACAGUUCUUGGAAUCCAAGAGCCGCUUGGCACGACUGCUGGGGACACGACCCGGAUCAGCAGCUGUGGUAUGAACAACGAGCACACGAGACUGAUGACGGUGCUCUCUCACGUGUACGAGUACACCUCCACGUUCACCCUGGGGGCGACUCUGUCCCAGGUUGAUACGAUCCGCGAGCACAUCUCAUCGCUGGAGCGCGAGAUCGAGUCCUGGCGCCGCGAUCUACCGGAACCCCUACGAUUGGGGCACGAAACGGGGCCCUACGUGCUCCCCUGUAAGUUACUCCGGCUGGACCGGUGUCUGACCCAGCUCGUGUUGUAUCGGCCCUUCCUUGGGUACGUAGUGCUGGAUGCAAACUUGCACGUUGGGUUGCAAUAUCAGAUCUCGAUGGCGACCCGUUGCGUGGAGGUAUCGCUUGCCAUCUUGCGUACUUUUUUGGAGUUGGUAAGGGAGAAACUAUUCACCGCGGAGUACUGGUACGCUAUUUACAGUGUCUACCAUGCAUUCAGUGUUUUGUCACUGUACCGUGAGCAUUCCGUUGCGGGUAGUAACUGUGAACUCCGCAAGACUGUGGAGAGUGUGUACUUGGUUGCGUUCCGUAUUUUCGUGGCCUGUUGCAACGCGACGACAGUGGGGAGACACUCGCUUCUGUGUCUGCGUAGCAAUUUCAAGCUGUGUGAGACGAGGGUUGUGAAUGUCGGUGAGUUGCUAGUGACCGGUAUUGGCCAGUCUGGCAUGGAAGAGGGACCAGUUUUGCAAAGCCAGUUUGACAUGAAGUCUGCCUCCCCCGGGCAACUUUACAGCAGUGACAGUGAGAACGACAGUGUCGGUGUUGUCUCCGAUGGCCCCAUCUUUGAUUCAGAAGAUGUUUUAGACACACUGUUAUAUUUUUUAGAGGUCUAA